CGAAUGGAGAUUUCGACUGAUCUUCUUUUCAAAUAUCUACUUAAUGAAAAAUUUUCAGAUCCGCAUGAUCAGAAACUAGCAUUAGACUACUUGAAGCAUGCAUGCGUAGCAAACUUCCCCGAAUUUAUAAAGCAGUUGUCUACUGUCCUUGCAUCAGUUUCAUGUAGUAAUUUUGUUCGACAAGCAGCUGGUAUACAACUGAAAAAUGUAUUGGUUGCUAAGGAAGAAACGACGAAAAAUGAAUAUCUAGCUCGAUGGUUAGCUUUGCCAGAAGAUGUUCGACGACUUAUAAAAGAAAAUGUGAUGCGUACUCUAGGUACUGAACCAUUUCGACCAUCAAUUGCUGCGCAAUGUGUUGCUGCUAUUGCUUGCGCUGAAAUACCUUCUCAGCUUUGGCCAGAUGUAAUCGGUAUGUUGCAACACAAUAUAACAGAUGGUAGUAAUUCAGAAAUGUUGAAAGAAUCAUGUCUGGAGGCAUUGGGAUAUAUAUGUCAAGAUAUAAAUAGUGCAACGUUAGAAUCACAAGCCAAUUUGAUUUUGACAGCAAUUGUUCAUGGUUUGCGUAAGGAAGAAUCAUCUAAUCAUGUGCGUCUUGCUGCUGCCAAUGCAAUGCUUAAUUCACUAGAGUUUACUAGAAGCAAUUUCAGUAAUAAAACAGAGAGGGAUAUAAUAAUGCAAGUGAUUUGUGAAGCAUCUCAGUGUUCUGAUAUCUCCGUUAAAGUUGUUGCAAUGCAGUGUCUUGUUAGGAUAAUGUCUCUUUAUUACCAAUUUAUGGAGCAAUACAUGAAGGAAGCGUUAUUUCCAAUCAGUUUGGAGGCCAUGAGAUCAGAUGUAGAUGCUGUAGCAUUACAAGGAAUUGAAUUUUGGUCUAAUGUUUGUGAAGAAGAAAUAACAUUGAGCGUUGAAGCCGAAGAAGCUCAAGAACAGGGCAGAACACCUGAAAAUAUUUCUAGGCAUUAUUCUAAAGGUGCGCUUGUUCAUAUAAUUCCUUAUCUUACCGAAACAUUGGCUAAACAAGGAGAAUGUGAUGAUGAUGAUUGGACACCAGCAAAAGCAGCUGGUGUUUGCAUAAUGCUUUUGGCUCAAUGCACUGGUGAUUCGAUAGUUCAAAUUAUUUUACCAUUCAUACAGCAACAUCUCAAGGAUGCUGACUGGAGGUAUCGUGAAGCAGCUAUUAUGGCAUUUGGUUCUAUACUUGAUGGUCCAAAUGAGAAAAUGAUUGUGCAAUUGGUCGAAUCGCUUCAAGUUCGCGAUACUGCUGCAUGGUGUGUUGGUAGAGUUUGUGAUACAUGUGAAGAAGUUGCCAUACGGCAAGAAAUCCUUACUCCUCUUUUACCUGCUUUAUCUAGAGCCCUCCAUCAAGAACCACGUGUUGCUUCAAAUGUUUGUUGGACAAUUUCGAGUUUAGCUAAGGCUGCAUACGACGUAGCUUGUCAAGGUGGAACUGAUGAUACUGGGCAACCAGAAACUUAUAUACUUUCUUCAUGCUUCCAAGCAAUAAUUGAUGAACUGAUCAAAGCUACUGAUAGGCCUGAUGCACAUAUAGCAAAUUUGCGCAUAGCCGCCUUCGAGACACUUAUGGAGUUAAUAAAAAAUAGUCCUCAGGAUUGUUAUCCCGCUGUGCAGAAAACGACGUUAAUCAUUUUGAAGAAACUUGAACAGAUUUUAAAUAUUGAAAAUAGUUUAGAAUCUGCCAUGGAUAAGUGUCAGUUGAGGGAUUUGGAAUCGUUACUUUGUGCGACUUUGCAAUCAGUAAUACGAAAAAUGAGGCCUGAUGAUGCACCCCUCAUUGGUGAUGCUAUUAUGCGCGGUCUUUUACAAAUUAUGCAGUGUUGUUCUGGUAAAGUUUCUGGAGGAGUAAUGGAAGACGCUUUAAUGGCUGUGAGCACCCUUAUCGAAGCACUUGGCAGUCGAUUUAUAAUUUAUUUAGAAGUAUUUCAACCAUAUCUUGUUGCUGGUCUUUCAAAUCAUGAAGAAAGCCAGGUGUGCUCAUCCGCUAUUGGAGUACUUGCGGAUUUAUGCCGAGCAUUAGAAAGCAGUAUAAUACCUUAUUUAGAUCAUUUUAUGACUCUACUUUUUCAAAUUAUACAGAAAAUUUUUCAGAGUAACAGAGUUGAUUGUUCUGUAAAACCAGCGGUGCUUUCUUGUUUUGGUGAUAUUGCUCUAGCUGUUGGGCGAAGUUUUGCUUCUUACUAUGCUUAUGUUAUGGCCUUGUUAAAGAUGGCAGUCUCAAGUGCUAAAGUCGAUGAUCCUAACGAUUUUGAUAAAGUCGAAUAUGCAGAAGGGUUACGAGAGAGCUGCAUAGAAGCAUAUACGGGUAUUGUGCAGGGUUUGCGGUCUUCACAAGAGGAUCUGGCAACAUUAGCAACUGAAAUGAGUAGCAUGUUAGAGCUCAUAAAAAUAAUUGCUGAAAGCAAACCAAGCGAUUCAUUAAUUGGUGUGACUGCAGGCUUAAUUGGCAAAUUUUAUUUAGGUGAUUUGGUGACGUCUUUUGACAAUGAUUAUAUUUCGGCAAUGUUGACGCGCGGUCGACGGAGUAAAACUGUUAAGACAAAAUCAUUGGCGAUGUGGGCAACAAAAGAAAUUCGUAAAUUAAAACCUAUUAACUAA